GCGUGCCGCCCAGCAACUUGGCUCGCGCUCCCUGCUCGCUGUCCGCCAUCGUCCAACCACCUUCGCCCGUAGUACGCUCCCAAUCCGAACGAUCCAAGCACGUCCAAUGUCUGUAAAGCGUAUCACCGUUGCUGAGGCCCCCACGCCCGUCGCACCCUACUCUCACGCAGUAGCGUUCAACGGCACCCUCUACGUCUCCGGUCAGAUCCCGACAGUCGGGAAGACGGGAAAUAUCGUCGAGGGCGGGAUUAGGGAGCAGGUUAGGGAGAGCUUGACUAACUUGAAAGUGGUGCUUGAUGGAGCUGGGAGCGGGAUCGAUAUGGUCAUGAAGUGCAAUGUCUACCUCAAGGAUAUGAACGACUUCAACGACAUGAACGAUGUGUACGGAGAGUUCUUCGCCGAGCACAAGCCUGCCCGUACGGCCGUGCAGGUUGCCCGCCUUCCGAGGGACGUGAUGGUCGAGAUCGAGUGUGUAGCGGCGUUGAAGGCGUGAACGUCGUGCGGGGGAUAAGACGGCCAGGGUGGGAUUGCAGUAUAGUCAAAGAAAGAACUAAGAAUGACAUGUCUUGAUCGU